AUGGCGAUGUUGAGCUCCUACACCACCACUCUCCUGAGCCGUGCGCCGCCAGCGCCGGCACCGGCGCAGGGAAAAUCCGCUGUCGCCGCCGCCCUGCAGCUCCGCAAAGAACCGGCUGCAUCAUCGUCGCCGGUAGUGGCUGCUCGUCGUCCCGGCUGGCUCCUGUCUUCGCGUGCCAUUGCCAUGCGCAAAAUAAGUACUGCCGCGUACAAGUACGAUAUGCAACCCAGUGGUAAGAUGUACGAAGCUGGUGCAGUAUGUACACUAGUUAUUAUAAAAGUACCAUAUAUAUACAGUAAAGUAACUCGGGAUUUUGAAAUUUGGAAAGCCCUGGUGCACCCUCGAACACCAGAAUCAGGUGGCGACUGGACUAUCACGGAAGACACGAAUUUCAUCACCCUCAGGCUCAAGGUGGGAGCAAAGACGACCAAGGAUGAACUGGAGGUUGCAGUAACGGACGACCAGGUGCUCCUGGUCAUCAGGUACAAGCAGAAGCAGCAGGGUGACGGCGGCGGCAAAGAAAAGACGACAGCCCGAAGAGUUCGCUGCCCGUCCAACUGCUGA